AUGUCUCAACAGUGUAUAAGAAAUCCAGUUAAAGAUUUAUUUGCGUCAUGUUCAAACACUGCUAAAAAUUUAGCAUGUGCGAAAACAAAAUCAAGAGCUGUUGCUUGUAAUGUUCUUGCCCCUUAUUUCACGUCCAAAUUAAUUGAUGAUAUAUCAGAAGCUCGAUUUUAUUCGAUAUCAUUUGAUGUUUCAAAUAAAGGAAAUAUAAAAACAUAUCCAUUUACUGUUCAAUAUUUUAGUGACAUUGGAGUUAAAAGAGGAAUUCUUCAAUUUGUUGAUGAUCCACGUGAAUCAGCAAGUGAUGUAUUUAAUAAUGCAAUGAAAGUGAUAGAAAAUUAUCAAUUAGAUAUUCGAAAUUUAACAAGUAUCGGUGCUGACAAUGCCAACGUAAACUUUGGUGAGCAUCAUUCGGUAUUUAAAUUAUUCAAAGAUCUUUGUCCAUGUUUAGUGAAAGGAAAUUGUUAUGCUCACGUUCUUCAUAAUGGCGUAAAGCAUGCACAUGAUGAUUUAUUGAUUGACGUUGAACUCAUUUUAUGUAAAAUAUAUUCUUUUUUUUCUAAUUCAGCAAAACGUGUUGAAGAAUUGAAAUCGUAUUAUGAUUUCAUUCAAGUUGAAUAUCGUGUAGAAAAUGUAUUAGUUGAUAUUCAACGAGCUGAAUUGAAGCUGCAACGCGUUUAUACUACAGCCGUUGAUCUCUAUGGUAUUAUCUCAAAUUUAAUUAAAAAAUUAGAACAACGAUUGAAUGAUAAAUAUUUUGGAAGUAAAACACAUUCACUAUUAAAUCAAUUAAUGGUUUUCAAUGAAGAUAAAGCUAAACAAUUGCAAGAUUCAUUUCAAUCAUUUAUUGAAUGUGUUAUUAAAUAUAUUGAUUCUUAUUUUGAUUGGGCUCGAGAUUUAUUUCAAAAAUGA